AUGAGAGGGUUGGCCAAGGGUCUGCGCCACGCCGCAUCUGCGCCCUUCACAAGGCUGGCUCCUACUGGCUUCACAGCCAGUGGCCGCUCUGCAAAGGUGCUCGAAGAGCCCUGCUCUGCCGGCUUGUUUUUGCCUCAGCUCACCUGGAAGUGCCACCAGGAGCGGAGCGACUCGCACUCCGCAGCGGCGAAUACGCCUCCGCCUCCGCCACCGGGCAAGGAGGGUCCCUCCUUCGGCGAGCGCCUGGUCUACAUCGCUGCCGUCGCUUCGUUCUUCGUUGUGCCUGCCGUCGUCUGGUACCGACAUGGCGACGAGAUCCGAGCGCAGUUGAGCAGCCACAAGAACGCGCCCGCGGCUUCUUCGUCUGCUGCCGGUUUCGACGCCGCCUCCGAUCAGCAGGACCAGCACCAGCAGGCCCAGGAGCAAGGCCUCGUGAGCGCGGCCGAUCCCAGUCCCGCGGCGGUGGAUGGCCAGCAGCAGCAGCCUGAAGCCACCAGCACGGUCAAUCCGUUCAUCUACGACUCCCCGCUCACACUCUACGAGAAGGUCAAGCUGACCUUUGGCGCGCUGGUUCUUCUGCCCAUCCGCGUGACGCUCCUCGUGCCGGCGCUGUUUCUCACCUACCUCUUGGCCAAGCUUUCCGUCGUCGGUUUGCCCCGUCCUGUGGAUGGCCGGACGGAAGUCGUCGUCGACAAUAACGCGGCGGGGCCGAUCCCCGCGUGGCGGCGUGUUGUCUUCCUCAACCCGUGCCGGCUGCUGGUGCGCUACAUCAUGUUCCUCAUGGGCUUCCACUCCAUCUCCAUCAAAGGCACGCCGGCCAGCAAGAGAGAAGCGCCCAUCGUGGUGGCCAAUCACGUGUCGUUCGUGGACCCGUUCUACCUCUUCAUCGCCUACCUCCCCGCGUUUGUCGCCAAGAAGGACGUCGAGAACCUGCCGGUGGUGGGUACCGUGGCCCUCGCCCUGCAGUGCCUGCUGGUCGAUCGCCGGUCGACCACCUCCCGCAAGGACACGCUCGACCUGAUCUGUCGGAGGGCCGGAGCUGUGGGCCACGGGUCUGCGGCGGUCGAACAGAAAGAGCAGGACGGACCCGCUACGCAGCCGCCCGAAGACGAGCAACACCACCACCACCACUACUGGCAGCAGCUGCUGGCGCACAACUCGGUGGCCCUCGGAUUCUCCAGAUUCCUUACCUACCUCUCCGCUCUGCCCAAGGUGGCGUACCAGCGGCAGUUUGGCGAGGACGACUACGCGCAGGUGGUCAUCUUCCCCGAGGGCACCACCACCAACGGCAAGGCCCUCAUCACUUUCCACCAGGGCGCCUUCGUGCCCGGUGUGCCGCUGCAGCCGGUGCUGAUCAAGUACCCGCAUCGGCACUUCGAUCCGUCGUUCCCGGUCGGGAUCUCGCUGGCUCGCCUGAUGCUGAGCCUCCUGUGCCAGAUCACGAACCACCUGGAGAUCGAAUUCCUCGACGUCUACCGACCAUCCGACCAAGAGCAGAAGGACCCGGCCCUCUACGCCCACAAUGUGCGGAACCUCAUGGCCGAAAAGCUGGGCGUGGAGGUCACUGAGUACACCUACGAAGACGCCCUCCUCAUGGUCGAAGCGCUGGCGUUGAACAUGAAGCCCGAUCGGGUCAAUAUCCCGGUGCAGAGGGUGAAGAAGCUCUACCAGGAGAUGACCCUCAAGGACCUUAAGCAACUGCUGUGGCGCUUCCGCCACAUCGACCGAGACGGGGACGGCCUCAUAUCCUACGCCGAGUUCGCCCACUCGCUCAGGCUGCCCGAAGACUCGGCCUACACCCGGGACCUCUUCAGCCUGCUCGACACCGACGAGACCGGCGCCAUCGACUUCCGAAAAUUCGUGGUGGGCAUGUCGUCCCUCAACCGCAAGGUCAACAAGCAGCAGAUCAUAGAACUGGCGUUCACUGCCUUUGACAAAGAGGGGCGCGGCUUCAUCGAGCGAGAGCAGCUGCGGGGUCUGCUGCACGAGGUGUUCCCCACCAUCGGCGAGGACCAACUGGACGCCCUCUUCAACGCCGCCGAUGCCGACAAAGACGGCCUCAUCUCCCGAGAGGAGCAGCCGGGCUACGUGGGCAUCAUGGAGAACGCCACGCGCAACCACCACCGCAUCGCCCGCGACGCCACCGCCUCCGCCAUCCAAUAG